CUCCGAUUCAUUCGCGUCCGUACCGCCGUCAUGUGUAACAGGCCUGCCGACGAUGGCCCGGAGUCCGACUCGCAGGCCAACUUGAACCGUUACCGUUUGCAUUUGUACAACUACGCGUUGCAGGCCGAACGGCUACGACUAUCGGCCGGCGGGUGGGGUGCCGUUUGUCCUGUUUACCCGGCGGCCGCCACUGGAAUUUAUCCCCCCAGGUUUCCGGUCGCGUUGUUUCAUCCUGGCGGCCAGAAUCCGGACGAACCCAAACCGCAACACAGCUACAUCGGGCUAAUCGCCAUGGCCAUACUCCAGUCGUCCGAAGGCAAACUAGUGCUGUCCGAUAUUUAUCAAUAUAUAUUGGACAACUAUCCGUACUUCCGGACCCGGGGACCCGGCUGGCGAAAUUCGAUCCGGCACAAUCUGUCGCUGAACGACUGUUUCGUCAAAGCUGGACGAAGCGCCAACGGUAAAGGCCACUACUGGGCCAUUCAUCCGGCCAACGUGGACGAUUUCAAGAAAGGCGAUUUCAGACGGCGAAAAGCGCAACGCAAGGUCCGACGGCAUAUGGGACUGGCCGUGGACGACGACGGAAACGAUUCACCCAGUCCGCCACCGCCUCCGUCACCGUCCGUAGCAGCGUUGUCACCGGCAAUGUGGCCGUCGCCGCCGACCAUACCACCGCCGUUUUUUUUUCAGCCGCAGCCAGUGCAAUCGGUCCCGACGGCCAGGCCUCAAAAACGGCAGUUCGACGUGGCUUCACUGUUGGCCCCGGAUCCCCCAAAACGACAGCGGACCGCUACCGGCAGCAGCGAUGAGGAAGAUGAAGCUCGGUCCUGGGAACCGGGUCUGUUACAGCGGUAUUACGAACAGCAGAUACAAGCCGCACACCGGUUGCACGCUUUCCGUCAGACGUUGGGCCUGCAAAGGAUGAUCGGCCCUUGGCCCACCGUGAUAGUUGACCGGAAUCAGACGCCGACUCCACCACCUCAACAAUAUACGUCACCCGCGGAUGAUCCAAUCAAAACCGAAAUGGUCGACUAAGGAGGAGCUUGGUAAUGCAUUUUGGUACGUGUUUUGUUACUGAGAAAUGGUAAUAAACCAAAAAACUACUACUUCCUUUGAUCAUUUUAAAUAUCACAAGUCACCGAAACCGUUUAUUCCUCAGCAAAGUUUAUAUUAUUAUUUUUAUAAUUAUAUAAGUUUAUUUGAAAGCUAAAAAAAUGAAUUAUUUAUAAUAUUUUUAUCGGUCAACCUCAAUAUUGAAUGUAUAAUUAUCUUUUUGUUUUCUACACGUUAAAAUUCAGUAUAACCCAAAAGCAAUAAAACAAUUGUUUAGAACUUUUAAAUUGUGUUUCCAAAAUGAUUUGUGUAAUAGUGUACUAAUGAAAAUUGCAAUCAUAGCCUAUGUAAUAAAAAAUAUAUAAUAUAUUUUAGUUUUGCUAAAUUGAUAAGAAUGCAUAUGAUAUUAUGAAUAA